CCGCUGCGCUAUGAGGGCGCCUCUCUGGGGCUGGCCCAGGCCGGAGCCGGCUUGCUCUGCUCCAGGGCAAGUGUGAAGAGAGAGGCGCGGGCGGGAGACGGGGCUGCGCGCGGCGUUCGCGGACCGGCGCGGGUUCCAGAUGCAUUUUGUAGGAGUAUUUUGAAGAUGAAUGUUUGCAAAUCAUUUUGAAAUUGCCAAACGCCACAUACAUGGGAUGCAUCCUGCUUUUUUCCUGGAGUUCACCCCUGUGGCUUGGAUUUAUCACUGUAGCAUCUGUCUUCGAUCUAUGUGUUAACUAGAAAUCAAGGGAAGACAUGAGGAGGUUUGUUUACUGCAAGGUGGUUCUAGCCACUUCACUGAUGUGGGUUCUCGUCGAUGUCUUCCUACUCCUGUACUUCAGUGAAUGUAACAAAUGCGAUGACAAGAAGGAGAGGUCCCUGCUACCUGCACUCAGGGCUGUUAUUUCGAGAAACCAAGAAGGCCCGGGAGAAAUGGGAAAGGCUGUGCUGAUUCCUAAAGAUGACCAGGAGAAAAUGAAAGAACUAUUUAAAAUCAAUCAGUUUAACCUUAUGGCCAGUGAUUUGAUUGCCCUUAACAGAAGUCUACCGGAUGUAAGACUAGAAGGAUGCAAGACAAAGGUCUACCCUGAUGAACUUCCAAACACAAGCGUAGUCAUUGUGUUUCACAAUGAAGCUUGGAGCACUCUCCUUAGAACUGUUUAUAGUGUGAUAAAUCGUUCCCCACGCUAUCUGCUCUCUGAGGUCAUCUUGGUAGAUGAUGCCAGUGAAAGAGAUUUUCUCAAGUUGACAUUAGAGAAUUAUGUGAAAAACUUAGAGGUGCCAGUAAAAAUUAUUAGAAUGGAAGAACGCUCUGGGCUAAUACGUGCCCGCCUUCGAGGAGCAGCCGCUUCAAGAGGGCAGGUCAUAACUUUUCUGGAUGCACACUGUGAGUGCACGUUAGGAUGGCUGGAGCCCUUGCUGGCAAGAAUAAAAGAAGACAGGAAAAUAGUUGUAUGCCCCAUCAUUGAUGUGAUUAGUGAUGAUACCUUUGAAUAUAUGGCUGGAUCAGACAUGACUUAUGGGGGCUUUAACUGGAAACUGAAUUUCCGUUGGUAUCCUGUUCCCCAAAGAGAAAUGGAUAGGAGAAAAGGAGAUAGAACAUUACCUGUCAGGACCCCUACUAUGGCUGGUGGCCUAUUUUCUAUUGACAGAAACUACUUUGAAGAGAUAGGAACUUACGAUGCAGGAAUGGAUAUCUGGGGUGGAGAGAAUCUUGAAAUGUCUUUUAGGAUUUGGCAAUGUGGAGGCUCUUUGGAGAUUGUGACUUGCUCCCAUGUUGGUCAUGUUUUUCGGAAGGCAACUCCUUACACUUUCCCUGGUGGCACUGGUCAUGUCAUCAACAAAAACAACAGGAGACUAGCAGAAGUUUGGAUGGAUGAAUUUAAAGAUUUCUUCUAUAUCAUAUCCCCAGGUGUUGUCAAAGUGGAUUACGGAGAUGUGUCAGCCAGAAAAACACUAAGAGAAAAUCUGAAGUGUAAGCCCUUUUCUUGGUACCUUGAAAACAUCUAUCCGGACUCCCAGAUCCCAAGACGUUAUUACUCACUUGGUGAGAUAAGAAAUGUUGAAACCAACCAGUGUUUAGACAACAUGGGCCGCAAGGAAAAUGAAAAAGUGGGUAUAUUCAACUGUCAUGGUAUGGGAGGAAAUCAGGUGUUUUCUUAUACUGCUGACAAAGAAAUCCGAACUGAUGAUUUGUGCUUGGAUGUGUCUAGACUCAGCGGACCUGUAAUCAUGUUAAAAUGCCACCACAUGAGAGGAAAUCAGUUAUGGGAAUAUGAUGCGGAGACCCACACUCUUCUUCACAUAAUCACCCAGUCCUGUCUCUCAGUAAGCAAAGUAGCUGAUGGCUCCCAGAAGCCCACUGUGGAAACAUGUAAUGAUAGCCCUUUGCAAAAAUGGCUACUAAGAAACUAUACAAGAAUGGAAGUUUUUAGAAAUAUUUUUGAGAAUCCUACUGAUUACAUUCUCUAAUAAGUCUUGUAAAUUUGUUUUGCAGACUGUUAAAUUUAUUUUACUAUUUUUGUUAUGUUCUGUUAUUGAAAUCUAGAAAUUCUUUAAAAUGUACUUAAGAAAAAUCUUUAUGUGCUAUUUCUCCAUGGAGUUACUUUUCUGUCUUUUACUUUUAGCUGCUUAUUAAUUUGGAGGCUGACUAUAUUAAGAAGUGUUUAGUCAAUUAUUAAUAGACAUUUUCCAGUUUUUACUUUAUUUCAAAUCUUUAUAUAUGCAUAAAUAUAAUUAAUGGUAUACAUUAUGACAUAUUAGCUUUCUUAGGCUAACUAUAGUCAUGUUUAUAUAAUAGAUUUUGCAUUAGAGCUAAAAAUAAUCAAUUAAAAAAAACAUAGCCAAAACUAUGGAUUGUUUUGGGGACAUUAAAAUUAAUUAAUCUGGUUAUUUUUUUAUUCAGAUACUUUCAUUGUGUGCAGAUUUAGGGUAGCUUUUCUAGAAUUUAUUAUUUUAACCUGAAGCUUUAAGGAAAUGCAUUUUUGAAAACUAAAAUGUAAUUUUCAGUAAGUUUAUAACAAAUUAUAUCUAAGAUUUUCUUUGUGGUUGGCUAAGUGAUACAAUAAAAGCUUUUUAAAAAUUAUACCUUUUAUCACCUGUGUGAUUUGUGAAUAUCUUCUCAGUAAGCAAUGAAAAGAAUCGUUAUUCAGUUUAAGUCAAAAAACCAGUAUGGAAUUCUUAUAAAGAGUGCAAAUAAGAACAUGUCCUAGUUCUUGAUCUUAAGGGGAUUAUCGUCCUGUAAAUAAAGGACAUUACAUUGUGCAAUAGCUUCCUAGGAGAACACAUGGGAAGUUAGGGCAUUAUUCUGGUUCGAAUGAACCAGUUCAAGUUGUUAGAAGACACAAUGGAGCUUGGAAUGCUCAGUGACAAGGCUGAAUGGGGUAUGGAGACGAGUGAAGACAAGGGGCAUUAUUUACAUUAGAACUACAUUCGAGACGUGUUAGAAAGCUGGGAAAGUUUGGACGUUUUGCACAGAGAACUUGUGUACAAGGUAAUUUACAUAUAUUAUCUUAGUUUGUUUUCAAAGCCUACCUGGCAGUGUAAUGCCCAAAAGGGGUCUUCUUAGAGUUAACUAGACACUUAGUGUCCCAAGUUUAUUUACAUAAUUCUAGGGCAGAAACCACGACUUGCUUCUGUCAGCAGACCCUGCAGCAGUUCAUCUAGCCUUAGGGGAGCUAGCUCUUCAACAGGCGACAGCCCUCUGUGAAGGGAUGAGAGCCAUAUCAGGGUGGUGUGGCAACCACCCUUGAAGCACUGAACACGUAUGUAUGUAACCACUCCAUAGGCCCAGCUCUGAGGAACCCAAAAGAGUAUGCAAAACUACAAGCCUUGGUGCUUCGAGAUGCCCAGGAUUUGGUUUCCUAUCAGGUGUUUAUAAUGCGGCGUAUCAGAUACAGAUGCAGUUUAUCAUUCAGAGGUUAUUUUUAAUGUUGCCUAGAAACAUGUUAACAUUGUUACCCUUAUCAGAUCACUAAGGGGGAUCACAGUUAUAUAGUUGAAUGAAGGUUAAAUUUGUUAAGCAGAUGGGAAAAGAGCAUUUUUAAAUACUUAUAUGUAUAGUUAAGCAUUUUCUGAUAAAGAAUCGGGUCCUCAGAAUGAUUUGGCGGCUUGCCCAAGUGUUCAUGGCUGGUAACUGGGGCAACAGGAAUUCAAACUGAGGUCUACCUGACCCUAAAAGGUCUGGUCUUUCUACUGCACUACAUUAAAAAGGAGAGGUUUUUGGUGAGUUCCUUGUUAUCUUUACAGUGGUGGCUUUUGACUAUUAACGAAUUCCUUCAAAGAAAAUACUUUUUAGGAAAAUAUACUAAUAUUGUGUAAAUUAUCACUAUGUACUUGAUAAGCUGAUCCUUAAAGUCACAUUUAAAAAAAAGAUCUAAUGGAAGCAAUCAAGGCUAAAUUGCUUUUUUUCAAAGAGGACAUGUAUAUACGAAGGACCUCAGGUAAGUAACAAAAAUAAAGAAUAUUUUGUUGAUUUUAAUGAAAAUUUUCUAGAAAAAAUGUUUUGUUUUUCAAGUUGGUUGCUGGUUCAAUUAGCCAACAGCAUAAUUUCUAG